UUUUUUCUGCCUGCUCUUUGUCAAGCGCGUGACUACGUCCAUACACAAGCGCGUGCCCUCUAGUUAAGCGUGCGCGCCCCCGCUCCGUGUUUUUUCCUGUGUGUGUGUGUAAAUCUCUCACUCUGAGGCGUGACAACAGAGGCGCGUUCACGUGUUCGCCACCGCCGGCUACUGCGCUGGAGAAGGCAUCACCAAAACACUGUCGAGCUGCUUCCUCGGCCCGGACCGCGAAGAGGACGAGAGGGGAUUUGGAGGUUAAAUUGAAACCAGCAGAACCAGGAGGGAGACUAGCCUACAGAGACAUCCAUCGGUGCAGCAGCAGCACCAGCAGCAGCAGGAGGAGGCAGAUCCGGAGCCUGUGCCUCAACAGCAGCCACAGCAGCAGCAGAGAGGAGAGGAGGACCAGAGAGGAGAAGGAGGAGGACCAUGGAGGGGAUGCAGGCAUACGGGGCCGGGAAAGCCGGGGGAGCCUUCGACCCCGUCACCUUCUUCCAGCAGCCUCAGACCAUUCUCCGCAUAGUGUCUUGGCUCUUCUCCAUCGUGAUCUUCGGCUGCAUCGCCAACGAGGGCUACAUCAACCGGCCCAGUGGAAAGGAGGAGUUCUGCAUCUUCAACAGCAACCAGAACGCCUGCAACUAUGGCGUCUUCAUGGGCUCCAUGGCCUUCCUCUGCUGCAUGGCCUUCCUGGCUCUGGACGUCUACUUCCCCCAGAUCAGCAGCGUCAAAGACCGCAAGAGGGCUGUGCUCGCUGACAUCGGGGUGUCGGCCUUCUGGGCUUUCAUGUGGUUUGUGGGAUUCUGCUUCCUGGCCAACCAGUGGCAGGUGACCAAUCAUGAGGAGAACCCACUGAGGGAGGGAGGCGACGCUGCCCGGGCGGCCAUCACCUUCUCCUUCUUCUCCAUCUUCACCUGGGCGGGCCAGUCCUUCCUGGCCUUCCAGAGGUACAAGCUGGGGGCCGACUCAGCCCUUUUCUCCCAAGAAUACAUGGACCCCAGCCAGGAUGCAGCUGGAGCUCCCUACACCUCCUUUGGUGGGGAUGACCUGGAAAGCCCAGGAGGAGGAGGAGGAGGAGGAGGAGGAGGCCAGGCCAACAGCGAUGGUGCCUUCGACGGCACUGGCGGCUACCAGCGCCAGGACUACUGAGAUGUCGGAAGGGGUUAUAAAUCUCUAUUGGGAAAGGUUCUGGAUGAUGUUGCCUAAAGUUUUUCAUUUAGAGCAGUUACAAAACGGUUACAGUUACAAAACGGUUACUAAUGGAUCAUUAAAAACUUGUCUAUCAAUUCAAAACAGCAAAGGGUACACAUCAAUGUAAGUUUAAAUGAGAUCUUUACACUGUUCUACUUAAAGAAACACAAUGUAGGUUUGCUCAACGAUACUGGUGAACGUCUAAUGUACAAACAACCAUUUAAAGAAGAAUGUAGUUCUUUUUGUGGCAUAGACCCGAAACAAGAAGUUACAUCGUGCCAAUACAGGCCAUGCAGGUCUGCACAGGCUUUGACAGUGGUGCCAAUAACCCUGUCGUUAGUUGAUGUAUCAUCAAAAAUAAUCUCAGAGACAUUAUUUGAAGGUUGAAAUCCUACAUUGUGCCGCUUUAAGGUAAGAAGGAAAUGACACUAUAUGGCUACAUUCAGAUUAUAAGGCUGAAGUGACCCAUAAUCUGAUGAUUUCUUUCUGGAGGACAAUGUUAUCCCUACAGGAGAUAAAUCAAGAUACAUCAUAUCUAACAAUACAAUACUAACUGGAGCUAACACAGCCUAACAUUGGGUUAAAACAGAGCAGUACUGUGUCAGUUUUGACCCAGAUAUGUUAUUUUCUACAUGCAGGGAAUUAUGCAUUUAACAGAUGCCCUUUACCAAGUGUAGACCAGGGGUUCCCAAUCCUGAUCCCAGGGAGCCUACUGCCCUGCAUGUUUUAGAUGUUUCCCUGCUCCAACACCCCUGAUUCAAGCGAAACAUCUAAAACAUGCAGGGCAAACAACAGAAUUCAGGUCAGGCAGCUUUCCAGAUUUUUUUGGUUAGAGACGGGUAAAAGAAAAGCGCAGGUUUAUGUGUGAGUCAGUGGAAGGGGAAGUCAGGGAAGAGGUUGUUGGAUGGCGGAGAAACUGGGUUUCGAUUAGGGAUCUUAUGGAGGUGUUUAGAAAGAAGUGGUGCUGUCAGGUGUUGGUCACAGGGCAGCAGAUGCAGGUCCUCAGUGUCAGUCAGAGAAACGAUCAGACACACAUGCAAACACAGGUCCAGAGCAUAUCGAUUGAUACAAGACGCAAGUUUUUGCUGACGAAAUCCCUUAGAGGUGCAUUAAAGGAUUCCAGUAUUGCAUUACAACGGGCAACUCAUCCCCUCGACUGUGAAAUGGGAGUGUGUUUGUAUGUGUUAAAAACAAAAUGUCUUCUCUUCCUGUUUUUUUUUUGCUUUUAUUGCUGCGUGGAAGUCUGUGUUUUCCCGAAGAACCCCCCCCCACCCCCACCACCACCUUUGUUUUCUUUCCUCAAAUGUUGCCUUAGUGCUGACUGCCAAGCGAAAUCCAAUGAACACAGGGCAAAAUGUCUACCCAACACACACAGGGUCACAGAAAUUGAAUUUUUUUGUUCGUUUUGGUCCCGCAGCACGUUAAAAACCAAGCAUUUGACAUCGUAAAACAGAGCAUUCCAGUUGACGGUCAAACUACUUCACCAACAAACCAGUUUAUUUAUCUAUUGUUGUUUUCCCAACUUAUUUCAUUCAUUUUACAUAUUAGGCAUCGAAGAACGUGUCGCUCCAUUUUCUUAAAGAGUAAAUUAUAUCUAUUGCUCUAUAAAUAUAUGUAAAUCUAUAAUUCAGUAUAUUAUAGUGUUAAACAAAGGAUUAUGCUUUAUUUUAGGGCAUUAUGCCAGUUCUGUAUAAAAACAAAAAAAAGGCAAAGACAAAAGAAAGAAAGAAAAUCUAUGGUCUGUUUAAGUGUUAUUGUGAUAAGAUCUACGGUGAGGUCGUCCACGCCUCAUCCUUUAUGUUGCUUUCAGGUUCAGGAGAUGUUUUUAUUUUGGAAUAAUAAUACCUACUAUUUAAAGAAAAAAAAAUACAGCAACAAAAAUUGUGACCAAAAUAUCAAAGUAUAUAUGCACAUAUAUACUUUAUACAGUGUAGCCGUAGACACGUGUGUGUUCUGUGAUAUAUGUUUUUCAAACGUUAUGGUAACGUUCAACGAUAAGAUUGUGUACAAAUGUAUGUUUUUGAUGUGUUUGAUUUUAACCAAUAAAAAAAUAAAGAAACUACUGGUAAAGUUAAAAUUG